AUGGCAGGAAAGCCUAGAAAACGCAACCCGAGUUUGUACUGCCAUUAUCAUCAGGAUCAUGGGCACACGACGGAUAACUGCAGGAAUUUAUGGGACCACUUGGAACAGUUGGUCCGUGAAGGGAAAUUAAAGCAUCUCUUGCAUCACUCCAGUGGAAGGGCGAGCCAAGCAAGUUCCGAGGUGCGUGGGGACGCUUUAUCAAGGCUCCCCUUGGGUAUAAUUAACGUUAUCUUUGCGACCCCGGGUAGGACUGGAUCUUGCCCCUCCAGAGUAUUGUCGGUGUCCCGAUCCUCGGCCGAGGAUCAUUCCCAAGCAUUGAAGAGGGCCAAGGUGCGUGUCCCCCUGAUUCUAGGCUUUUCGGAUGAGGAUAUGGUUGGGACCAUACAGCCCCAUGAGGAUGCUUUGGUGGUAACGUUGAGAAUUGGAGGGUACGAUGUCAAAAGGGUGAUGGUUGAUCAAGGUAGCGCUAUGGAUGUAAUGUAUCCAGACUUGUACAAGGGGCUAGGUUUGAAGCCGGAGGACUUAACAACCUACAACUCUCCUCUGGUAAGUUUUGAGGGAAGGCUGAUCACUCCUAAAGGACUGAUUAGGUUGCCUAUGCAAGCAAGUACGGAUGUGGUGGAGGUGGAUUUUAUCGUUGUGGAUGUUUUUUUUCCGUACACGGCUAUUAUGGGCAGACCUUGGCUUCACACCCUUAAAGCGGUCUCGUCUACUCUGCAUCAGAAGGUAAAGUACCCAUCCGGAGACCAAGUGUUGGAAAUAGUAGGGAAUCAGGCAGCUACUCGACAAUGCCUAGUCGCGGCUAUACAGCAUCGGCCAGAAGCAGAAACCUCGGCUACAGCCGACAAUGAGCCAUAG